CAGGUCUGAAGUGCUGGCGGACGCGGCCUCCGGGGGCGCAAGGCGGCAGCAGCGGUGGCGACCAAACGGGUGUUGGAGUUGGCGGCGGCCAUGGAAGGCCUGGCUGGCUAUGUGUACAAGGCGGCCAGUGAGGGCAAGGUGCUGACUCUGGCCGCCUUGCUGCUUAACCGGUCCGAAAGCGACAUCCGCUACCUGCUUGGCUAUGUCAGCCAGCAGGGAGGGCAGCGCUCCACGCCCCUCAUCAUCGCAGCCCGCAACGGGCACGCCAAGGUGGUGCGCUUGCUGUUAGAGCAUUACCGAGUGCAGACCCAGCAGACUGGCACCGUCCGCUUCGACGGGUAUGUCAUUGAUGGUGCCACUGCUCUUUGGUGUGCUGCAGGAGCAGGACAUUUUGAAGUUGUUAAACUUCUAGUCAGCCAUGGAGCCAAUGUGAACCAUACCACAGUAACUAACUCCACCCCUCUGCGUGCAGCAUGCUUUGACGGCAGACUGGACAUUGUGAAAUACUUGGUAGAGAAUAAUGCCAACAUCAGCAUUGCCAACAAGUAUGACAACACCUGCCUAAUGAUUGCAGCGUAUAAGGGACACACUGACGUGGUCAGAUACCUUCUAGAACAGCGUGCUGAUCCCAAUGCAAAAGCACAUUGUGGAGCCACGGCGUUGCACUUUGCAGCUGAGGCCGGGCACAUAGAUAUUGUGAAAGAACUGAUCAAAUGGCGAGCGGCGAUAGUAGUGAAUGGUCAUGGGAUGACACCGUUGAAGGUGGCUGCCGAAAGCUGUAAAGCUGACGUUGUGGAACUGUUGCUCUCUCAUGCUGACUGUGACCGAAGAAGUCGGAUCGAAGCUUUGGAACUCUUGGGUGCCUCCUUUGCAAAUGACCGCGAGAACUAUGACAUCAUGAAGACAUACCACUAUUUAUACUUAGCCAUGUUGGAGCGGUUUCAAGAUGGUGAUAACAUUCUUGAAAAAGAGGUUCUCCCACCAAUCCAUGCCUACGGGAAUAGAACUGAAUGUAGAAACCCUCAGGAACUGGAGUCCAUUCGGCAGGACAGAGAUGCUCUUCACAUGGAAGGCCUUAUAGUUCGGGAACGGAUUUUAGGUGCUGACAACAUUGAUGUUUCCCAUCCCAUCAUUUACAGGGGUGCUGUUUAUGCGGAUAACAUGGAAUUUGAGCAGUGUAUCAAGUUGUGGCUUCAUGCCCUUCACCUCAGGCAGAAAGGUAACAGGAAUACCCACAAGGAUCUUCUGCGAUUUGCCCAAGUUUUCUCACAGAUGAUACAUUUGAAUGAAACUGUGAAGGCCCCAGACAUAGAGUGUGUCUUGCGAUGCAGUGUCUUGGAAAUAGAACAGAGUAUGAACAGGGUAAAAAAUAUCUCUGAUGCUGAUGUCCACAGUGCCAUGGACAAUUAUGAAUGUAAUCUCUACACCUUUCUGUAUUUAGUGUGCAUUUCUACCAAAACACAGUGCAGCGAGGAAGAUCAGUGCAAAAUUAACAAGCAGAUCUAUAACCUGAUCCACCUGGACCCCAGAACGCGUGAAGGUUUCACCUUGCUCCAUCUAGCUGUCAACUCCAACACCCCCGUGGACGAUUUCCACACCAAUGACGUCUGCAGCUUCCCAAACGCACUGGUCACCAAGCUCCUGCUGGACUGUGGCGCAGAGGUGAACGCCGUGGACAAUGAGGGCAACAGUGCCCUUCAUAUCAUUGUCCAGUACAACAGGCCCAUCAGUGAUUUUUUGACCUUGCACUCUAUCAUCAUCAGCCUGGUGGAAGCGGGCGCGCAUACUGACAUGACAAAUAAGCAGAACAAGACUCCGCUGGACAAAAGUACAACUGGGGUAUCGGAAAUACUGCUUAAAACUCAAAUGAAGAUGAGUCUCAAGUGCCUGGCUGCCCGAGCAGUUCGGGCUAAUGACAUUAAUUACCAAGACCAGAUCCCCAGAACUCUUGAAGAGUUUGUUGGAUUUCAUUAAGUGACUGGCUAUGUAAAAUCGUUUAUUGUGGUGCUAAAAAGUAAAGGACUUUAAUCACAGACAAUAGAAUUAUGUGUUCAUAAAUUGUGCUUUGCUUUCCACCCUCUUCCUUUCAACCCAUCCUCCCUUUGUUCUGUCUUUGGUCUUCUUGCCUCUGAGUUAAUUGACUUCAGACACACUUUAAACCAAGCCACAUUGUUAAGGUGUAGCUGUAAUCUAAGGCGUUUGGCUGUCGGUUUCUUACAUGUCUUUUUUUUUUAAGAAACAAAUAUACAAUACUUUGUUUAUGUAAUAAGGGAUGUUUAUGAUUUCAAGUUCAUAAUGUUUUAAACAGCUGCCUACAACAGUAUUUCUGUUAGGCCUGUGUCAGUUGUUUCCCAUGCAGCAGUUUGAGGAUUGCGUGAAGAAAAAGAACCAAAAAGGACUGCUGAAAGCAGUGGGAGGUCCAGGUGUUAUGCACAUGUACUGUAGUCUUCACUCUUCUGUCAUGUAUGUGGAGGGAGACAACGCAUUCUAACAGCAGGAGGACUUAAGAAAUAUAGCUACACAAUAACCAGACAAAAGUGCUAGUUUAUUAAUAGCUGCAAAUUUAGAAAGUUAAAUGCAUUGCAUUAUGAUGAGUAGUGUGUUCAAAGUGAUAAUCUCAAACCAGCCUUCUCAAGAGAAUUUUGAGGGGCCCUGCCUUUAGGCUUGAAUUUUUUGAAGUCUCUGUUCUAAUGCACUUUGCCUAAGUUGCAUCCAGCUGCAUUUGAUUCACCUCACAGACAGGUAGACAUAAAUGCUGUGUUUUCUUAUGAAAUAAGUUAUCACAAUAUAGUCAUGUAUUCUCUUUCUGUGCCCUUCUCCAUUUCUUCGUGUUAAAUCUUUUAAAAUUUGGAUACUGCUUUUCCAGAGGGCAUUGUGCUUCCCUAGUAAGGUGUUUAUGACUGAUGAAAAGGAGCCAGGUUAUUUUAAAAUUUUUUUCACUUUUUAGUCCAUUAUAAGAGGUAGAAAAAUCACUAGUCUGGUAUGUAUACAAAAUUUGAAUGUUUUUGAUGAUGAAAACAAUUUUCAAUGCCACUUGAAAGGUAUUUUGAUGGAGCUGCAAAAUUUUCUACCACAAAAUGUCAGUUAUUUUGACAGGCUAUACAGAGGUCUUUAUGCUUUCUUGUUUUAAUAGUAGCAUUUUAAACUAUCAAUCUAAAAGAGCAUUCUGUGAUUAAAGUGUGGAAGGAAUUCAAGCAAAAGGUAUUCACCUAUUUCUAUUGGUGUUAAAAAUGAUAACGAAAGUAAAGUUAACUGUCUCUUAAUUUUCUCUCUAGUGCCAAAUGAAUGCCUUAGCCUACUCAUAGUGCAUGGUACUGUAAGUGAAGAUCUUCAGCUUUUUUUCUUUAAUGAUAAGUGUUCUAAUGAUGUAGCAACAUCAAGUAUAAACUUUAAAACACAAGAUUUCAAUUACCAUUUCAUAUACGGAUAUUGCUUUGUAAAAUAUAAGAGAAAGGUUGCAGUUGGAUCAGUGUUAAAACAAUGACCAAGCCGGGGCCAGGGAUUUAGCUCAGUGGUUUCACCGCCUGGUGCGCAAGCUCAAGGACCUGAGUUUGAUCCCCGGUACCCAAAACAAAACAAAAAACCAAAAAAACCGACCAAGCCAAAAUCCACACCUAGGGCCUUAAAUAGAGAUAACCCCAUGAGAUGAAAUGCUUUUUUGCAGGGUGGAAGGGGAGACUUUAAAAACUUCUUCCCCCAAGGAUGUGUGAUACAGUUGCUGUUUUUCUACUGUGUAUCUUGGUUCAGCUAGGAAUGUUUUGAUGGUAAAUCCUAUCAUGGUAAUAGAUUUCCAUUUGCCCAACCUUAGAUUUUAAGAGGAAGGUUUUCAGGAUGGCCUAAAGGGAGAUACUAAAAUGAGCCCUGGGUAGGUGUGGUAGAACAUGCAUGUAAUUCCAGCACCUGGGAGACUGAGGCAGGAGGAUUGCUGUGAGUUUGAGGCCAGCCUGAAUUACAUAGUGAGACCUUGUCUCAAAAAAAAUCCUUGGGCUGGGGAUUUAGCUCAGUGGUUCUGGCGCCUGCCUUGCAAGCACAAGGUCCCGAGUUCAAUCCCCGGGACCAAAAAAAAUCCUUAAUCUGGAUAUUAUUGACCUUCCUUGAUCUUCCUGGUGUGUAUCAAGGAAAUACUGUACCUUUUUCUCUGCAUCUACGAGAAAAUGCACUUCCUGAAGGUAAGUGAACCAUGACUCGGAAAGCUCAGGUCAGACUCUUUAUUUUCGUACUCUGAGGCCUGCAUAUUUGACAGUCUGAGGAAUGGCUUGAUACUUGGUAUUCAGUUGGUUCCAUUUUUAAUGUAUAUGAUUUUUAAACACUCAAAUUAUCAGGUGAUGUUGCAUGUUUCAAUAAUACAUUUCAUCCCCUUGGCUGCCAGGGCCAGCACUAUUUUAGACAUUACUCAUUUAUAAAAUGAGGAUAAUUAUAUGUACAUAUUCAGACAUCAGUUUAAUAACCAUUUAGGAGAAGGGAAGACUGAAAGCUGGAGAAAGUAAAUCAUGCUGAUUGAAAUACUGACAAAGUUGGAGGGAGUGUGAAGACAGCAGAAUAAACUAUGAACUGUGCUAAUGGUAACGAUUUAAAAAACUAUAGUGUAGUAGUAUAUUGUGCACUAUCUUGGUAAGGAUUUAAUUCUGUCUUGUAUCAAUCCAGAUACCCAUUAUGAAAGAUAAAGCCAUUCUUGAAACAAUUGAUCUAUAUGCCUGUUUUUUACAUUUUUUUGUCGGACUAUUUUAAAAUGUUAGCCAAAUCCUUCAUAAACGUAAUUUUUUAAAAGGAAAAUAAAUAGGUAAGAAAGGCGAGAUAGUUCUGUAUCUCAGCUCACUGAGAACGCCAAGCUGUCUUCAUUUUGUAGGCACUUUUACCUUUGCUGUUUAUUACUGAUAGAAUUAUGCUUUGAAUUGUAACUCUUCCUUGAUAGUGUUACAGAUUUGCUCAAGACUUCUCUGUCCUGCUUGGGAAUUGUCAUGUAAAUCUGGAGUAACUACAGGCUCACGUGGAUGCUUUCAUUUACAAAUCCUGUGAGACUGGGUUUUCUGCUUUUAAUGGAGUUGAAAUUGAAUUUGCAUUUACAUAAGUCCAUAAGUCAAGGAGUGGGCAGCAGAUCCAUCCCUCAGUUGCCAUAAUUGAGGCAGCUACUCUGAAUAAGACUACUUUAGACUAUUCAGGAGGAGAAUUUUUUUUUUAUUUUUUUGGUACUGGGGAUGGAACUUGGGACCUUGUGCUUUCGAGCCAGGCGGCACCACUGAGUUAAAUCCCUGGCAAGCAGGAGAAUUUCUAUGUAUUUUUUUUUGAAGUGGGCAGCAUGAGGAGUGAGUUGGUGGACCUUGGGUUACAGUUUCUGGGUUUAGAAGCAGCCCAACUAGUGAGUAGACAGAAGUCAAGGCCUGGCUCUUAAGGUAGAUUUUCUGUUCCUUUUCAGGCCAGACAGCUAUGUGAGUCCACAGAUGAAUAUUGUUUCUCACUGACCAUACUGUAACAUUAAAGGGGGUAAAGAACACAACACUCUGCCUUCUGCUCUAUUAAAAUAUUUAGUCCACAAGAUUUUAAGCUGUGUUCAUUCCUACAGGUUUGUUCUGCAGGUCAUCUCUUGAGAGCAGUACACGCCUCAUUCUGUGUGUCACCACCUUGCAGGGCUUUGGGAGACACUUGUAGGCUCACCCAAACCUUCAGAUGGCCUGGGUUGUACCAUGUCCCCUCCCCCAAAUAUAGAACUGGAAACAAAUACUGCCCUGAUAAUGGUGAUAUGUUCAUUUUUUACACUGUAAAGAAAUGUGGUCUGGUCCUAGGUUUGUGGAGUGUACCUUUGUGUUACUGUACAGGGAAAGGACAGUGACUUGAUGGUUAUGGGGCAUAUCUUUAUGUGUGUGCAGGGGUGAAUGUUGCUAAAUUACUAACAGCUCCUCUAGGGGUGAGUCGUGUGACACAUGACCUAAUCAGAACAAUGAAGGAGCGAAGAUGCAAGAUUGCCAAGUGGUGCAGUGAACAGGUUUUUGUAUCUACUAUUCUUUAUCAGGUUGUAAAAUUUGUGCAUGGCCUUUUUGUGGUUGCUUAGUAAUUGGUAGAGGAGAAGAGAUGAGGGUAAAAGCCUCAGCUUUCCUAACCAGUCUUUUCAGAGGUACGUGGUGGGGGAAUAGAACCUGACUGGCCGAACCCCUUGCAAAGAUCCUGCCCUUUAUAAUACUCACCCCGUUCUGCAGACCUCAUGUAGAGGGGCUACAUUUUUGUAUUCUAGUAAUUCACUGUGAUCUAUAACAAGCCAGUGAUGUCAUUCUAUUGUGCACUUUUGUCAAACCGUUUAUGUGACUUUAAUAAACAUAGUAAAGUUGCUGAUUA